ACAAGCAGCCAAAAUUGUAUUUUUCAUUCGCCGGAAGUCUACUUAAUUCCGUUUUUCUAAUUACCAUACAGUGUUCCAAUUACCUAGAUAGUGUUCGCUAGUGCACCAAACCGUAUCAGUACAAAGUAUGGCCGGUCUAGAAUCGAUGAUCGUGGAAGAGAAGCCACAACCCGCGAAAUCAGUCGAUCGGGAGAAGACCUGCCCGUUGUUACUGCGAGUAUUCUGUUCGACCGGACGGCAUCAUUCAGCGAACGAGUACGCUUACGGCAAGGUUCCAUCGAACGAGCUGCAGAUCUACACCUGGAUGGAUGCGACGCUACGCGAACUGACGACGCUGGUGCGGGACGUGAAUCCGGAGACGCGCCGUAAGGGUACCUACUUCGAUUUCGCCGUCGUCUACCCGGACCGGGGCUCCUCGUUUCGGAUGCGCGAAAUCGGCGUUACCUGUUCCGGCCAGAAAGGGGCGGACGAUUCGAAAACGCUCGCCCAAGCCAAGUUCACCAUCGGGGACUUUAUGGACAUUAACAUUACGCCCCCGAACCGUAUGCCUCCUCCGCGGCGACAGCGUCCAUAUUAAGAGCCAAGGCCUGGGCGCGCUUUGUGGGCACCCCCCCCUUUCUCUAGGGUGCCAAUUUGCUAGAACCUUUUUCAUUUAGUUUUUCGAUAAAAGACCAUUAUGGAAGGGACCAUCUUCCAGAAGAAAUUGAAGACCGGAGCGAGUUUACGUUUAAAAUUUGAUAAUCACACGCGUCACACCAACUGUAACGGUCAACUUUAUUGCAUUCUCCUGCGUACACCCACACGUACCGGUCUCUCUUUCGCCGUACCUCGGCGUAUUUGAUGUAGUGCAUUCUCAUUAAUUAAGACUUAAACACAGAACGGGAAGGAAGGAAGGGUAGGGAGUUGGGCUUCUUUCCGGAGAGAGGUAGCUAGGACCGGACCCGGUCCCGGCCCCGUUUCUGUCCCGGGAAGAGCGCGUGCUAGGGUGUGCUUGUAAUAAAUACAUUUCGAUUUUACCACCAUCGCACAAACGGA